CUAGCUACUCAUUCUUUCUCUCUCUCUUUUUUGUUUCUCCAAACCACCAUGCCACCACCGCACCUCCUCCUCUUAACCCUUCUUAUCUCCGCCGCCAUCCACCACAUCUCCGCCCAAAACAACACCCCUGAUGUAAACACACUCACUUUCGAAAACCCAAGACUUAGACAAGCCUACAUUGCCUUACAAGCCUUAAAAUCAGCUAUUUUGUCUGACCCAUUUAACUUUACUACAAAUUGGUCUGGCCCAAAUGUUUGUUCUUAUAGUGGGGUGUAUUGUGCCCCGUUUCCGAGUAACCCGUCUAUCCGCGUGGUUGCAGGAAUAGACCUCAACCACGCGGAUAUCGCAGGUUAUUUACCUGAUGAGCUUGGUUUGUUAACCGAUUUAGCUCUGUUUCAUAUCAACUCAAACCGGUUUUGUGGAACCGUUCCGAGUAGUUUCAAAAAUCUUACUUUGUUAUAUGAGCUUGAUUUAAGUAAUAACCGGUUUGUAGGAGUGUUUCCAACUGUUGUUUUAUCGUUACCGAGUUUAAAGUAUUUAGAUCUUCGGUUUAAUGAGUUCGAAGGGGGAGUUCCUUCGGGACUCUUUGAUAAAAACCUUGACGCGGUUUUUUUAAAUGAUAACCGGUUUCAGUUUGGGAUACCAGCGAAUCUGGGUAAUUCGCCGGUAUCUGUACUUGUUAUGGCAAAUAAUAACCUCGGGGGAUGUAUUCCCCCGAGCAUUGGUAAAAUGAGCAACACAUUAAACGAGAUUAUUCUCAUGAAUGAUAACUUGACCGGGUGUAUACCCGUUCAAGUUGGGUUGUUAAAAAAAGUGACUGUGUUUGACGUAAGCUUUAACAAGCUCCAGGGCCCGCUGCCCCCGGCGAUUGGUGGAAUGAGAAGUGUGGAGCAGUUGAAUGUGGCGCAUAACCGGCUCACUGGUGUUGUGCCGGAUAGCAUUUGUAGGUUACCGAGGUUGGAGAACUUUACGUUCUCGUUUAAUUACUUUACUGGUGAGGCGCCUUCAUGUGGGGCCUCACCAGGUAAAGUGUUUGAUGAUGGACAGAAUUGUAUUGUUGGUAAAAUGAAUCAGAGAAGUGUUAGGCAGUGUUCUUAUAGAGAUGCAAGGCCUGUUGAUUGUAGAAAGUUACAAUGUGGCGGUUUUUCGACACCAUCUGUUCCAACUACGCCGUCGGUUCCAAGACCGUCUCAACCACCUACCACCGUGCCAACACCAAUGCCUCCAUCUAGCCAGCCUUCUUUACCACCGCCUAGUUCCGGGUCAUCACAACCGCCUAGCUCUGGGUCAUCACCAGGUAGUAAAACACAUCCUCCACCACCACCAACGGUUACCCAUCCACCGUCUACAUCACCCGUCACACCACCAACUGGUCAACCUCUCCCAUCACCACCGCAUGGAGGCUAUCAAUCCCCACCUGGAAGCCAUCAAUCACCACCAGGGAGCCACCAAUCACCACCGCAUGGAGGUUACCAAAAUCCACCAGGAAGCCACCCAUCGCCACCACAAGGAGGCUACCAAUCGCCACCUGGGAGUCAUGGAUCACCGCCAGGAAGCCACCAAUCACCACCACAUGGAGGCUACCAAUCUCCACCAGGAAGCUACCAAUCCCCACCACCAAGUGGAGGUUAUCAAUCGCCACCUGGAAGUCAUGGAUCACCGCCAGGUAGUCACCAAUCACCACCAGGAAGCUACCAGUAUCCACCAGGCAGCCACUCAUCGCCACCACCAAGUGGAGGCUACCAAUCGCCACCCGGGAGCCACCAAUCACCACCACAUGGAGGCUACCAAUAUCCUCCAGGAAGCCACCCAUCGCCACCACAAGGAGGCUACCAAUCUCCACCAGGAAGCCACCUAUCGCCACCACCAAGUGAAGGCUAUCAAUCGCCACCCGGAAGCCAUGGGUCACCGCCAGGAAGCCACCAAUCACCACCGCAUGGAGGCCAUCAAUCACCACCAGUAAGCCACCAAUCACCACCACAUGGAGGCUACCAAUAUCCUCCAGGAAGCCACCCAUCGCCACCACCAGUAAGCCACCAAUCACCACCACAUGGAGGCUACCAAUCGCCGCCAACAAGUGGAAGCCAUGGAUCACCACCAGGAAGUCACCAAUCACCACCACCACCAACGUCAGGAUCAUCACCCGAAACACAUUUCUCCCCACCACCACCAUCAAUCGGAUGCACUCUACCUACACCGCCACCACCACCAGCAUCACAACCACAACCACAUUCUCCACCACCACCCACAAACCACCACUACACACCACCAUCGCCGUCACCACCACCACCUCAUCAUACUAAACCACACCCAUCACCAUCACUACAUCCACCACCACCACCAUCCGAUUCCACCCCACUUCCGCCAGUAAUCGGAGUUUCUUACGCCUCUCCCCCUCCUCCGGUAAUACCCUACUAUUAAUCCAAAUCCAUCUAUACAUAACCCAACUUCCAAACAUUGGUAAAAAAAAGAGCAUCAUAUAUAGAGAUUGAUGUUAUUUAUAUGUGUUAAUCAAGUAUUUACAUUUCAUGAUAUUAUCAUUAUCAUCAUGUAUGUACGUAUAAUUUUUAAGCUUUCAUUAGGAAUUCAUUAUUAUAUAUGUAUACACAAAUAGUUAUCAAUUGAUAUGUAAUAAUCUUGUCUCAUUUUGCAACCAUUUUCAUGAUACAACA